AUGAAGCGGAUAGCCGAGCUCUACGCCUACUCCGUGGACAAAUCCACAGCAAUUUUCAACCAGAAGAAAAAGGAGGAAAUUGCCAAGAAGAAAAAGAGCGAAGUGAACUGGUUGGACAAACUAUGCUCAGAAUAUGAAAAAACAAAAAAGAAUACGUUUGAUUAUUUCACCGUUAAAAAAAGCGAAUGGCAAAAUAAACUGAACGAAUCGAAAUUUUCUUCCUGCGUCAAGUGCGAGAACUCGAAGUAUGGAAACCUCCCCUGGUACAAAAAGUUGUACUACAUAUUAAAGGGGCAUGUCUACAAACUGUUGAACAUUACUGACGGGGGAGAGAACGUGGACGGGGGGAGAAACGACGAGGGAGGGAGAUACGAGGGAGGAAGAAACGGCCAGGGAGGAGGAAACGAAGAGGGAGACCUCCCCAGCAGAAGGCCCCAACCCAGUCAGCAAGAAAGAACAAUAACCAGAGAGUUCGUUAGCUACGAAAAUUUCGAUUACAAAAGUGUACAGAAGGCAAAGAAUGCGGAGGAUUCGCUGUUUAAUAAGUAUAGGGAACGGUUUAGAAAGGCAAGGGACACUGAGGCCUACCUAAGCGAGCGGAGCCAGUCCGAAUUGGUCAAGAGGAACAUGUCUUCGAACAGCCUCAUAGGCGUGCGCAGCAAUAAGAGCAUAGCGGAGGAGGCGCCAAGGGGAGAAGUAGAAGCGGAAGCGAAAAGCGAAGCGGAAGUGAAAGCGAAAACCGAAGCGAAAGCAGAUGCGGACACGGCCAACCAGGCCAUCGACGCGGAAGAAGCGGAAGACAACAGGAAGAACUUUCUCCACGUGGAGGACUCCCCCAAGUUUAAUAUAAAAAACACGUGGGAAAAACUGAGCGGGUACAUUUCGUAG